GGCCCGCGCUCGGAGCCCCAGAUGCCCGCGACCUGGGAGGCAGAAGUGACCCUGGGGGUCGCGCGGCUGGGCAUUCGCUGUCCUGGCCGACGUUGCCGGUGCAGUGGUCUUAAAAUCAAAGGACCGGGAUAAUCACAUGGUCCCUUUUUAAAGAACGGACAAUUUUAGGUCUUAAAGCGCGGUCUUAGAAAUUACCCCUUGCGAAGUCCAACGCCAUCAUUUUCUAAGUGGGGGGGGGGGGCGUGUCACACGGACGCUGCACGUAGAGCCUUGGUGUUCUGUCCCGGGCCCAGGUUUUUCCUUAUCGCAAGAGAUACUGCCAUUGCCUGUUUUAGAGCUUACUUCCCCCCGCUGUUUUGAGUUUGUAAAAACGUUUUUAAUCCACGUGUUUUAUUUUGCAGAAAGAAGCAAUUGAUUAAACGAAUAACAUGACGUCAAAUAGAAGCCCACUUUUUGUUAUUGCAAGUCAGGGAGUUGAACGUAAACCGUUGCUAUCUUCUCCCCUGUGUUUUAUUACUUGAAACACCCAUUUUUUCGAAUAUGCAUGAUGGCAGAAGGGAAAGCCCCUGCGAGAAAAAGACCCCGUAGAAGUUUAUCAAGCAGCAAAACUAAAAAAAAUGAAGCUAACUCUAUUGUUUUGUUUUUCAACAACGCACCACCUGCUAAACUUGCCUGCCCCAUUUGUAGUCAGAUGGUGCCAAGGUACGACUUAAACCGGCACCUUGAUGAAAUGUGUGCCGACAGUGGUGACAUCACUGCAGUUAAGCCUGUCGGCGUAAGGAAUGCAAAUGUGUCCACAGUAGACUUAACCAGUAGUGCCGUGGAGGAUGUAACUCCCGAGAAGUCCUCACCAACAAAGACAAAUUUAAGCCCUGGCCAAAGUGAUUCAGCAAAAAUAGGUGUAAAACAGCAGACCAGCCCCUACUUUAAAAGUAACGAUGACGUGGUACGCAGAAAUCAAGAUGAGCUGAGACACCCUAAUGUCAAAGUCAUUCCUUUGGGAAGCCUGUCAUCUAAAUUGUCUAGAAGAUACAUAAAGGCAAAAAUAUCAAUAGAUAAGAAUGAGCCAUUUGCCAAUCGUAGUCCUCAGAGGUCCUCAGGGCUUACGAUGGUUGAUAACUAUUCAGGGACUGAGGAUAAGGAUCAAACUUUGGAGAACAGUUCUCAGAAGGAGAAUGUAUUUACCUGUGAGUCUCUUAAGGAACAGAGUACCCCUGAUCAUAAUGUAGAAGGCACUAAAAUAAUGGAAGCUGAAAACCACAAGGUUACGCAGGAAUGGGUGACACCAGCACUCACCCCUGCCUUCUCAGGCAAUGCUCCCCUGCUACUUUCACCAAAUGGAACUCUUGGGGCUAAAUUACAGUCUACUUCAGAGGACACUGGUGCAGAGCAGGAGAGUAUCAAAGGAGUGGAUAGUACAGGUGUUGAAAAAUGUGAGGCAGGUCGUGGUGAAGAAGUUAAAAUGACUGCUGCUUCAGAAGUUACAACAAAGUUGUCAGAUCGGGAGGCAAAAUCUUACACCUGUACACGUGAUGCUUCUAAAUGGAGUAACAUCCAAGAACUUCUAGAACGCGACAGCGGCUUAAAGACUGAAAUCACUCACAGAGUUCCUUUGGAGCAGGGGUCCAGCAGUGAUGUUCCUGGUAAAACAAUUCCAGACACACCUUACUACCUUCGGAGUUUCCUUGUGGUGCUGGGAGCUGUAUUUGAGAAUGAAGAUGAUAGGACACUCUUUGAUGAACAGGAGAAAGGAAUCGUAACUAAAUUUUAUCAAUUAUCAGCUAGCGGUCAGAAGUUAUAUGUAAGACUCUUUCAACGUAAAUUCAGCUGGAUUAAGGUGAAUAAACUGGACUAUGAGGAGAUUGCCGCUGACUUAGGACCUGUGAUUGGAGAACUGACGCAAGCAGGCUUUCUGCAGACAGAAUCUGAGUUGCAAGAGCUCCCUGAAGUGCUGGAAUUACUUUCUGCUCCCGAACUGAAAACCCUGGCAAAGACCUUCCACUUGGCGAACCCCAAUGGGCAGAAACAGCAGCUGGUGGAGACCUUUCUCAAACUGGCCAGACAGCCCUCAGUCUGCACAUGGAGCAAGAAACAGCCUGGAGUCGGUGCAGUGAUUUUAAAAAGAGCUAAGGACUUGGCGGGCCCGUCCCUGCGAGUGUGCCCAGGCCCGCGGGCCGUGUUUUCCCGGAUCUUGCUGCUGUUUUCCUUGUCUGACUCACUGGAGGAGGAGGAGGCCGCAGGCGGCGGGCAGGGCCAGCUUUCUUCUGUGCUGCUGGUCAGUCUGGGCCGAGUGGCGUUCCCGCGGUACACCAUCCAUCGGAAAACCCGAGUCUUCCAGGACAGAGAAGAUCUCAUCAGAUAUGCAGCCGCCACCCACAUGCUGAGUGACAUUUCUACCGCGAUGGCCAAUGGGAACUGGAAAGAAGCUAACGAGCUCUCUCAGUGUGCCAAAAGGGACUGGAACAAACUGAGAAACCACCCUUCCCUGAGGUACCAUGAGAACCUCCCUGUCUUCCUGCGCUGCUUUACCGCUGGGUGGGUUUACACACGCAUUUUGUCCCGGGCUGUCGAUAUCUUCCAGCGACUCCACAUGUAUGAGGAAGCCGUCAAGGAACUUGAGAACCUUUUGUCCCAGAAAGUGUAUUGUCCUGACAGCAGGGGCCGAUGGUGGGACAGACUAGCUCUCAACCUCCACCAGCACUUGAAACGCCUCGGACCGGCUAUUCAGUGCAUCGCAGAAGGGCUGGCGGACCCCGAAGUCAGGACAGGACACCGCCUUUCGCUUUAUCAGAGAGCCGUGCGUCUGAGAGAGUCCCCAAGCUGCCAGAAGUACAGGCAGCUCUUCCAUCAGCUGCCAGAAGUAACUGUGGACGAUGUGAAACAUGUGACGAUCACGGGCCGGCUGUGCCCGCAGCGUGGGAUGGGCAAGUCCGUGUUUGUGAUGGAGGCCGGAGGGGCCGCGCCGGCCACAGUCCUGUGCUCCGUGGAGGAGCUGGCGCUGGCCUAUUACAGACGCAGUGGCUUCGACCAAGGCGUUCACGGGGAGGGCUCCACGUUCAGCACGCUGUACGGCCUGCUCCUGUGGGACGUAAUCUUCAUGGACGGGAUACCAGACGUCUUCCGAAACGCCUAUCAGGCACUCCCACUGGACCUGUGUACAGACAGCUUCUUCGCGAGCAGGGCGCCGGCCAUCGAGGCCAGGCUGCAGCUCAUCCACCACGCGCCCGCCGAGAGCCUGCGAGCCUGGGUGGCGGCCACGUGGCGGGCCCAGGAAGGCCGAGCGGCUUCCAUUGUCAGCUGGGAACGCUUCACUUCUCUUCAGCAAGCUCAGGAUCUCGUUUCCUGCCUGGGAGGCCGUGUCCUCAGUGGUGUGUGCAGGCGCCUGGCCAUGGACUUUCGACACUGCCGAGGCGGCCUCCCCGACCUGGUGGUGUGGAACUCCGUAAAUCAUCGCUUUAAGCUGGUGGAAGUCAAAGGCCCCAACGACCGUCUUUCGCAUAAACAGAUGAUCUGGCUGCACGAGCUGCAGAAGCUGGGGGCUGCAGUUGAGGUCUGCCACGUGGCUGCGGUUGGGGCCAAGAGCAAACCUAGCAGAGCUGUGGCAUCGGGAAACCCGGACACGAGCGGAGUUUCAGAAUCAUGAAGUGAACUAAACGAAUUCUCAUGAAGUUCCUUUAACCUGGUACAUCUGCCAGUGCUUGCUCUGUCACCGGCCAAAUGACCACAGGAAUGAGAUCGUCAUCAAAGGCAGCUGGCCGCCUCAUCCCGCUGCUUGAGGGCAUCC